AUGGAGGCCGAGGCGAAGAUAGCUGUUGUUGAAAUGAAGGAUGUUGAUGACUACGAGACGCCGCCGAAAUCUCAGAAACGAAAGGGCAAUGGUGCGAAGAAAGCCAGAGGCAAAUCCGAAGACAGGAGCCCUACGAACGCUAUCAAGAGGCAUCCUCACGCCGGCGUCCCCAAGAUCAAAUGGACAGACGCCGAGCUUGAGCGACUCGCGGCCUAUCGCGCGGAAGAUCCGCCACUCACCUAUGACGAGAUUGCGGAGAGAGAAGGCGGCCAACGCACCAAAAGGGCAUACUCACAACAGGCUCGGAAACAGGCUAGAAAGAAUAGAAAAAUUAUCAGGCAUCCUCGACGUGGCGUCCCCCAGCUAAAAUGGACAGCCGCCGAGCUUAAGCGACUCGCAGCCUAUCGCGGAGAAGAUCCGCCACUCACCUAUGACGAGAUUGCGGAGAGAGAAGGCGGCCGACGCACCAGAACUGCAUACUCACAACAGACCGUAAUACAGGCUAGGAAGAACGGAAAGACACUCAAGCGGGGCUUCAACAAUUCGGAACGAGUGAAAGAGUUGAACAAGUCUAAGCGGGACGUGGAUGCACCGAUCGAGGAGGGCUUGCUGGCAGAAGGGGCCGGUCAUGAUGAGGGCAUGGCGGAUGAAAACACUUCAAUGACAGACGAGGACGAGGACAGCCUUUUUGGCUAUAUAGAGGAUAGCGACUUGGCCGAGGAGUUGGACACAACACGCAGCCACGGCGACGAUCAGGGCGAGUAA